GUGGAGAACGGAUCACAUGGUAAGUAAAAGGUAGGGUAUCCUGAACCGAGGAGCAGAAGCACUUAACCCCAAACAACAACACUAGUAAAUCCCCUUCCCAAACAGACCCCAUAGGAACCAGAAUUUCCCCCAUUCCAAUUCAAACUCUCAAGACAGCGCCAACUUUCUUUUCAACCUGCACUUUAGAGGCUAAUUUCUACCGAUUCGCAUUAAAGAAACUGGUAUCUUGAUUUUGUGACCUCACUUGGGCAUUUGGAAGAAAAAGAAAGACAAGGGCAAUGGCUACCCGUGCAACACAGACGCCCCUGAUAAUCCAGGAUGAGAAUUUGGGUGUCAGUCGCAAAAAGGCUGGUUUUGAUGGAAGUGUUAAGCAAUCUAAAACAGCGACGAAAAAAAGUGGAGGAUUUGCGUUGGGAAAUCGAAAGGCGCUCAAUGAUAUUACAAACAAAGCAGUUGUUCGUCAAGAAACAUCUUCUCGGAAAAAGAAUGUGCAAAAGGAAGAGAUCAAUAAUGUAGCCGAGGAAAGAUUUUUGCAUGAUCACAGUAAAUGCAUUGAGGAAAAAGAGGCUACAUCGAUUUCUUCUUUCCUGGACUUGGUCCUUCCUGGGCAUGAUUCAGUAUCAUCUACUGCUGAAAAUCCCGAGGUUAAGCAGGUGAAGGCUGUUCUUCAUACUGAUCCUGGUAGCUGCUUCUAUCCGGAACCGAAAGAAUUGGCCAUACCUGUGUUUUCUGAUUGGUUUGAGUCUUCAACUCAGUGGCACUCUCCUCCAUGCUCUCCUAUUCACUGGGACUCUCCACCAUGCUCUCCUUUUUCAUGGCAAUUUGAAGCUGUUGAAUAUGUGCUGAGGCCAGAAAGUGAUGUUUGAAAGUGACUUAUUUCCUCCCUGCUGUUUGGUUCUUUUCUGCAAGCGACAAUGGUAACCAGAGUCGGUCUCGGUUGGUGGCUGUAGUAUCCGUUCAAUAACAAAGACUUCAAACUGGACUAAUGAUUAAGUACUUGACAUUUUUGAUUGCCAGGACUAUGCAAAUGCAAUCUGUUUUACUUCAGCCCUCCUCGUCCCUUGAUGAAAUCUACUUCUUAUAUGGACGUGGAUCAAUUUUUUCCUGUUUAUGUUUGCUUAGUACAUUCGGUGCUUGCUAUACUUUCCAAGUAUAUAAUAUCGCACAUUUAACCCUAAAGAGGGUCGAUCUAACGAUAAGAAGGUUUGCUUUCUUUUU